AUGGAGACAUUGAGAGCCCCACAGCUGGAGCAGAUGUGGCUGUUAUUGGAGGUGUGAUUGCUGCAGUGGUAUUUGUCCUCAUCUGCCUACUGGUAGUGAUGGUCCGGUACAUGUACAGACAUAAAGGCACCUACCACACCAAUGAGGCAAAAGGAACUGAAUUUGCUGAAAGUGCAGAUGCUGCUUUGAAAAAUGACCCCACUCUUCAGGAAGCAGUGGAUGAAAGCAAAAAGGAAUAUUUCAUCUGA